AUGGAAAAAUUAUAUAAUCAUCAUCUUAAAAAAAAAACAAUUUCAAGUGUUAAUUGGUAUGAUCUUUUUUUAACUUGGUUAGAUCAAAAGAGUGAAGUAAUUGAAUUAUAUACAAAAUUAUCAGAAAUAUAUUCACCAGGACAUAAAUUUAGUAAACAUGAAAUUGAAACUUGGCAUUCAAUGUUGAGAUCAACUAGUUGUAAAAAUAUAACACCUUUCCCAAGAAAAGAAUCAUAUGUAACACCAGAUAGAGAAAUUAAAAAAAAGGAAAUCCAAGAAUUAAAAAGCUAUGAAAUGUGGCCAAAAAAUAACUGA